AUGAGGGUCAGAACUGCCGUUACAGCCUUUCUCUUCCAGGCAGCAUUGAUUGGAGCCCAAGGGAUAAAGGUGGAAGAUAUCGAGUCUACCUACACCCUAGACGGCAACGUCAUUUAUAUUGAUGCCGCGGAUGAUGGCACAGGCGGCUUCCAAGAAGAUCGCAGGCUGCGCUGCCGCGACAACACCGUGCCUCGCUUGACGUCGGAUAAAAAACACGUUGCGUGUUGCUUGAAUGGACAAAACCUUGUUGGGAACAAAAAAAUCGGAUUCGAAUGUUGCGCGGAGGGCCAUGACCGUGUUGGUACCGCGGCAACGGGCUAUCGCUGCUGCCCCACAGGGCAGACAUUUGAUGGCCAGGUAUGCAAGGAGAAGGAGAAGGUGGAGAAGUCCUGUGAAAAUGGUAAAAUAUUAGUCAAUGGUGAAUGUGCCUGCCCUCCUGGCACAAAGGAGAUGGAAGACGGAACAUGUGAGAAGGAGGAGUGUUCAUCUGGUUUAGAGACCGGAAAAUGCUAUGAGUUCACCGCCGAGAAUGGGGAGCGCCUAAACUUUGCUGGUGCCUGGGGUUAUGCAAUUGGCCCAGAGAGCAAGAGCCGGCGAUCUGGCAAAUUCAGGUUCUGCAAAGAUAAAGAAUGCGCUGCAGGGCUACCCAUCAACCCUAGCGACCUGUUCUAUAUGCAAGAUGUUCAUGGCAAUCCCCGGACAGGGAGUAACCCCAACAGCUGGCUCAACAAAGCAAUCAAUGGAAAGCAUAUCGGCAAAACACGCGACUUCAGCAAGGCCGGGGAGUUUUCUAUCUCGAAAUGGCCAUGCGGCAAGUACUGCCUGUCUGGUUUCGAAGCUGGUCUCGGCAUUGCUUGUCCAGCGGCGGAUCCCUCUAUUAGCUUCUACGAGAACGACAAACAAGCGUGUAUGCGAUUCGAAAUCACCGAAGUCCCCUGUGAUAUCAGAGAGGACCACAACAAUUGCAUCUGGAAGAACAAUGCAGAUCAAUGCUGUGGUGGGAAGGUGGACUGCAGCGCCACCGAGCUCUGA